AUGGCCAAAGCUUUCGGUGACUUUGCCCGUCGCCUAAUCCGGUAUACAAGUACACUGGAAAAUACGAGGCAGGCGGCGUUCAACCCCCCCAGUCCCGCUAAGAAGGACGAUGUUCUGAAAUUCGGCAUCCUGGGAGCCGCAAACAUCGCCCCUCUUGCCUUGAUUAUUCCUUCUAAAUCGCACCCCGAAGUCAUCAUCCAAGCGGUUUCCGCGCGCGAUCGCCAGAAAGCAGAGGCUUUUGCAAACACACACAGCAUUCCGGAGGUCAAGGACACAUACCAGGAGAUACUCGACGAUCCCAACAUUGACUGUAUCUUCAUCCCUCUACCAAACGGCUUGCAUUUUGAGUGGGCAAUUCGCUCAAUCCGCGCGGGCAAGCAUGUUCUCCUAGAAAAGCCAUCCGUCUCCAAUUCCACCGAGGCCGAGAUUCUUUUUCGCCUGCCAGAACUCUCACAGCCCAAUGCCCCGGUCCUUCUUGAAGCCUUUCACAAUCGUUUUUUCCCCUCCUGGACGCUCUUCAGGUCAAUGGUGAGCCCGGCUGAUGUUGUCAAUGUUACUUCCCAUUCCAUGAUUCCAUGGUGGGCAACGAGCAAAAAUGAUAUCCACUUCAACUAUCCUCUCUCGGGUGGGACGAUUAUGUCAAUGGGUACUUACAACUUUACCUCGCUGCGUCUCCUCUUCGAUGCUGAACCGGAGGAAUGUGUGAGCUGCGAUGCCGAUGCUUACACUGAUGGCAUCCAUAACAAGUGUGACUAUGAGUUCAAGGCCCAGUUCCGAUUCCCAAAUGGGGGAACUGGUGUUGCCUCCAGCACCCUGAAUGGUGAAUCUAUCCUCAAGCCCUCAUGGGUGACAGUGGAGACCAGGGAAGUCGUGGUUCCCGACAGCAAGCUACCCACCUCACAAGAAAAGCUUCAGAAGCGCAAGUUAACGCUGAACGGAAUGAUCCAUGGUGUCUUUUGGCACCGCAUUGAUGUCCAUGACUCCUUUGAGAUCCGGAACAAUGAUACCGGAGAGGUGAUCAAGCAGUGGGAAGAGAACAAGUCACACAAGGCGUACACCUUCAAGGAGGCUGGCGGGAAGUUUACGGACCUGCCUGGUGACACACACUGGAUGUCAUACCGAUACCAGCUGGAAGCCUUUAUGAAUCGGAUCAAGGGCCGUCCGACCCAGGAGUGGGUUGGCGCGGAAGACUCGAUUUCGCAGAUGAAGAUGAUUGAUAUGGCCUAUCGGAAGAGUGGGCUUGGACCAAGGCCGACCAGUGAGUACCGGUAG